AGUACUAACACCUCAACACAGCGACAAUGGCUCCCAGGAGUUAUUCAAAGACCUACAAGGUUCCUCGUCGUCCUUUCGAGUCGGCUCGUCUGGACACGGAAUUGAAGCUCGUCGGUGAAUAUGGUCUGAGAAACAAGCGCGAGGUGUGGCGUGUCAUGCUUCAGCUCUCCAAGAUCCGUCGUGCUGCCCGUCAGCUUCUCACCCUCGACGAGAAGGACCCCAAGCGCCUAUUCGAAGGUAACGCCCUCAUCCGUCGUCUCGUGCGUGUCGGUGUCCUCGACGAAUCCCGCAUGAAGCUCGAUUACGUGCUCGCCCUUAAGGUGGAAGAUUUCUUGGAGCGUCGUCUGCAGACCUGUGUCUACAAGCUUGGUCUCGCAAAGUCCAUUCAUCAUGCCCGUGUGCUCAUCCGCCAGAGGCACAUCCGAGUUGGCAAGCAAAUCGUCAACGUCCCCUCCUUUGUCGUCCGUCUAGACUCCCAGAAGCACAUUGACUUCGCACUUACUUCGCCAUUCGGCGGCGGCCGCUUCGGUCGUGUGCGCAGAAAGAAGGCCAAGGCUGCGGAGAAGAAGGACGGUGGUGAUGAGGAAGAGGAAGAGGAGUGAAUGGUAACCCUAACGGUGCACUCGAAUAGAUCAUGAAUAUGGAAAAGGAAAGGUGUUCAAAAACGGCUGCAGCAUACGUGUCCCUCGGCAGCUAGGCAGGCAAGCAUGGAGUAGAUAUAUGCAUCUACUGCAUUCCUUCGGGAGUAUCGUUGGCUUCGGUAGCUUCGAAUAUAAGCAUCGAUAUGGUCUAUCAAUGGUUCUCUGUACAACGCAACGCCUUCAUCGCGUCCAUCGACUUCUAGUCUGACCUGUAUAAGAUCCUAACCCUCAAUGUUAUCGUAACGUGCGUCCCUGCUCUAUGAGCUUUAGCGAUUGGUUCCCUCAUGACACAAC